AUGGCGCUGCUCGCGAUACAUUCCUGGCGCUGGGCUGCCGCGGCGGCUGCUUUCGAAAAGCGUUUGCGCCUCGCGAUUCUGAUUCGGCCUCUAGUGUCUGUGCGCGGAUCAGGUCCGCAAUGGGGGUCACGUCAGCUCGGCGUCCCAGGAACCGCUCCAAAUUCCCAGGCUCUCCAGGGAUGGCCGCUGAUAGAAAAGAGGACGUGUUGGCAUGGUCAUGCAGGAGGAGGACUCCACACAGACCCGAAAGAAGGGUUAAAAGAUGUUGAUACUCGGAAAAUCAUAAGAGCAAUGCUUUCUUAUGUGUGGCCCAAAGACAGGCCAGAUCUACGAGCUAGAGUUGCCAUUUCCCUGGGAUUUUUGGGUUGCGCAAAGGCCAUGAAUAUUGUGGUUCCUUUCAUGUUUAAAUAUGCUGUAGACAACCUCAACCAGAUGUCGGGACACAUGCUGAACAUGAGUGAUGCACCAAAUACAGUUGCAACCAUGGCAACGGCAGUUCUGAUUGGCUAUGGUGUAUCGAGAGCCGGAGCUGCCUUUUUUAAUGAAGUUCGUAAUGCAGUAUUUGGCAAGGUAGCCCAAAAUUCAAUACGAAGAAUCGCCAAAAAUGUAUUUCUCCAUCUUCACAACCUGGAUCUGGCUUUCCACCUCAGCAGACAGACAGGAGCUUUAUCGAAGGCUAUCGACAGAGGGACAAGGGGUAUCAGUUUUGUUCUGAGUGCUUUAGUAUUUAAUCUUCUUCCCAUUAUGUUUGAGGUCACUCUUGUCAGUGGUGUUUUGUAUUACAAAUGUGGUGCCCAGUUUGCACUGGUGACUCUUGGGACACUUGGUGCAUACACAGCAUUCACAGUUGCAAUCACCCGGUGGAGAACUAGAUUUAGAAUAGAAAUGAACAAAGCUGAUAAUGAUGCCGGUAAUGCUGCCAUAGACUCGCUGCUGAAUUAUGAAACUGUGAAGUAUUUUAAUAAUGAAAACUAUGAAGCACAAAGAUAUGAUGGAUUUUUGAAGACAUAUGAGACUGCUUCGUUGAAAAGUACCUCUACUCUGGCUAUGCUGAACUUUGGUCAAAGUGCUAUUUUCAGUGUUGGUUUAACAGCUAUAAUGGUGCUUGCCAGUCAGGGAAUUGUGGCAGGUACCCUUACCGUUGGAGAUCUAGUAAUGGUGAAUGGACUGCUUUUUCAGCUUUCAUUACCCCUGAACUUUCUGGGAACUGUAUAUAGAGAAACUAGACAAGCACUCAUAGAUAUGAAUACCUUGUUUACAUUACUCAAGGUAGACACCCGAAUUAAAGACAAAGUGAUGGCAUCUCCCCUUCAGAUCACACCACAGACAGCUUCGGUGGCCUUUGAGAAUGUGCAUUUUGAAUACAUUGAGGGGCAGAAAGUUCUUAGUGGAGUAUCUUUUGAAGUCCCUGCAGGAAAGAAAGUGGCCAUUGUAGGAGGUAGUGGGUCAGGGAAAUCCACAAUAGUGAGGCUGUUGUUUCGCUUCUAUGAGCCUCAACAGGGUAACAUUUACCUUGCUGGUCAAAAUAUACAAGAUGUGAGUCUGGAAAGCCUUCGGAGAGCAGUGGGCGUAGUGCCUCAGGAUGCUGUACUCUUCCAUAAUACCAUUUACUACAACCUGUUAUAUGGAAACAUCAGUGCUUCACCUGAGGAUGUGUAUGCAGUGGCAAAAUUAGCUGGACUGCAUGAUGCAAUUCUUCGAAUGCCACAUGGAUAUGACACCCAAGUAGGGGAACGAGGACUCAAGCUUUCAGGAGGAGAAAAGCAAAGAGUAGCAAUUGCAAGAGCCAUUUUGAAGGACCCUCAAGUUAUUCUCUAUGAUGAAGCCACAUCAUCAUUAGAUUCAAUUACUGAAGAGACAAUUCUUAGUGCCAUGAGGGAUGCAGUUAAACACAGAACUUCUAUUUUCAUUGCACACAGACUGUCAACAGUAGUUGAUGCAGAUGAAAUCAUAGUCUUGGACAAGGGUAAAGUAGCUGAACGUGGUACCCAUCAUGGUUUGCUUGCUAAUCCUGGCAGUAUCUAUUCAGAAAUGUGGCAUACACAGAGCAGCCAUGUGCAGAACCUUGAUAACUCCAAAUGGCAUGCAAAGAAAGAAAAUGUAUCCAAAGAGGAGGAAAGGAAGAAACUACAAGAAGAAAUUGUGAACAGUGUGAAAGGUUGUGGAAACUGUUCCUGCUAA